AAAAAUGUACAUUUUUAUGAAGGUUUUUUUCUAUAUGAUUUCAUCAUAUUCUACUUUCGAAAAAUGUACAAUUCUAUUUUUUACAUUUAUUAAGUUCCUGUUUAUUUUGUUGAUCAAUACCAAUGUAUAAAACCCUACCGUGAGUCCAUCACCAAUAGUAUACGUACUUUAAUAGCAUCCUUAACUUCCCUCUUCCACCAACCACCGUCAUCACCGCCGGAACUCCAACAUGGCCGUCGUCGUCAAAGAAUGUGGCUCUCACGGAAGCAGCUCACCCCGCCUCCUCAACUUCCUCCGUCGCAAUAUCAUCUGCUUAGUAAUAUUCAUCAUCGUAACCAUCAUCGGAAUUGUCCUAGCUUGGGUAAUUCUUCACUCACCAAAGCCACACUUCAUCCUCCAAGACGCAACCGUCUUCUCCUUCAACGUCUCAGGCGACCCACCGAACGUACUCAGCUCCAGUAUCCAAACCACUCUCAUCUCUCGUAACCUUAACGGCAAGACAGGAAUCAACUACGACCGUCUCGACGUCUACGCUUCUUACCAGAGCCAGCAGAUCACUCUCCCGACGUCGAUACCGGCGGCUUAUCAAGGAUACGAAGAAGUCAACGUCUGGUCUCCUUUCAUCGGUGGAAAAUACGUCCCCAUCGCUCGGGCCAACGCUUUGUCUCUUGUUCAGGAACAGUCAAGUGGUGGGGUCAAGGUGUUGGUUCAUGUCGUCGGGAAGAUUAGUUGGAAGGUCGGUCCUAUUACGAGGACAUCUGAUCUCUUCGUUAGGUGUCCGGCGUUAAUCAGUUUCGGGAAUAGCGCCGCCGGAGUUAUGGUAGGAGGUAGAGGCGUUAAGUAUACGCUCGUUACCGUAUGCAGUGUUAGUGUCUGAACAGCGACCAACUGACUUAACGGUGUCGGAUAUGUGAUCAUGUCACGGAUUUUAUUACGUGUUAUACAAUAAUGAUUUUGUAGCAGUUUAGUUUUACCAUGAAUUUACAUUCGGUUGCUAAUGUAGUUUUAUUUAUAUUAUUAAAUCUGAUUGACCUUUCUUGUUUAAAAAUAUGUAACAUAUGAAAGCAAGUCUUCACCUAAUCUUCGUCUACAAGUCUUUGCUAAAUUUGUAUAUUUUCUGUAGAAUUUUGUGACAGUUUGUUUUGUCACAUAUAAUAAACUGGCAUGUUUUUUUUCUCGACCUUUUAUUUUUGUAUAAGCUAAUUGAAUUCUUCAUUCAUUUUAUAACUAUUGCUCCAAAGUCUUACUUUUGUCCAGUUUCGAAAACACUAGCUUGGCUAUCUUACUCUUAGCAGUCGCUUUUAAUCAAGGAAGUUUCUUGGAAGGUUAUUAUAUUACAUUGUAAAGAUUGCUCUCUUUACGAUUCCCAAACCAACUACUGCACGAAAGGAUCAUUACAUUCCCACUUGUAUACAUCUCCAUUUUCACUACAUAAAUAUUCACGUAUACAUAAAUUUUAGUAUACGGAAAAGACCAAUGCCCGGUUAAUCAAAAUAAUCCUAGAUUUAAUAGAAGUAUUUAACUAAAUAUUAUAAUCUUAAUUUACUAAUUAUUUUUUGAACAAAAAAAUUACAUAGCCAAACUAAAGAGGGUAAAUAAACAGAAAAAAUCUAAGUAAAACUUAAGAAACAAUCUUGAUUGUUUACUAAACUGUUAUCAUAAAUAUGU